GCCAGUUUUAAAGUUUUGAAACAUUUUUGAGAUAUCUGAAAUAUGGAGUCCAAGCCAACUGACACCAGUGAUCACCUCGCACAUCAUAAUUGGCAGAGUGCACUGUUUCAACAGCAGUCUCAGGAAACUACCCCUUCUGAUAAAGCAGAUAUUUUACGUGAUACUUUUUGUCAACUCCAGCUUGCUAGAGCUAAUAAACUAUUGUCACCAGAGGCUUGCUCAGUGUUAUUCAAUUCCUACACUGAGGCCUACACAUCUAUCAUCGACAGCCCCAGUGAUCAGGGUGGUGUUGAUAACUAUGCUGAAGCCGCACUAGCCAUAAGUAAAGGCCACAAAAAUGAAAGUGAUAAAUGGAAGAGUGGGCUAUCUCUAGAUAAGAUUAAGAACUUACAGAAUUUUAAAAACCUUUUGGACACAUCAAAGUUUGCACAUAGUAAUCUGUGUCCUGACACUAUCAAGUCAACUCUGAUGAAACCAUGUAAGGUGACACAGAAAACCUCUCAAUCAACCUUUACCAGCCAAACUGCUCGAUCAACUGCAAAUAUUAAUGAACAACCAGUUUCAGGGACAACGUCAAACUCUGCGACACAUAGAAUUGGAACUUCAGAAAACAAUGGACAAAGUUCUGACAAUAAGACUCAUGGAUCUUUUUCAAAGAGUUUGAAAAAUCAAUCUGAGUUUGGUUUUACAACUGCAAGCAAUUUACUACACAGUGACAAGGGUCAAGAAAUUCCAAACCAGGGUCAAGGAUUAUCAAAUCAGGGGCAAGGAUUUCCAAAUCAGGGGCAAGGAUUUCCUAAUCAGGGGAAAGAAUUUCAAAACCAGGGGCAAGGAUUUCAAAACCAGGGGCAAGGAUUUCAAAAUCAGGGGCAAGGAUUUCCUAAUCGAGGGCAAGGAAUUAUAAACCAGAGGCAAAGAUUUCCCAGUGAGGGACAAAUAUUUCAAAAUCAAGUGCAGCAAUUCUCCAAACAAGCCCAUGACUCUAAUAAUGCAGGGAAAAAAUUAUUCCGCCAUCCAAGAAACAGCCCAACAAUGCAAUCUGGUGGUAGCCCUGUGUAUCAGCCUCCAGGAGAAAUGCCAUCUGGUGGCUUGAAAAGAAAACAAGGCUCAUUUGGUGGUACCACUCCAUCUCUGUACUCCAACGCAUGUACAAAGCCAACAAGUAACAACCCUGGAAAUAGAUCAAGAGACUAUGGCACUGCUAGAAACAACAAUGGGACAUUUAGAGAAAACAAUGGGUCUUCAAGAUACAACAAUGGGUUCACAAAAGACAAUGGCGCAACAUUUGAAGAAGAAGACCAAAAACCUUCAUAUGGGCACUUCAAGACAGCAGGAGAACAAUUGGCUAUAGACCAGCAGAAGAAAUUUGGACGUCAUUACAAUCCCAGUGGUUCAAUAACGACAUCAUCAUACGGUACAAGCAAAAAAUCACUAGGCACAAGACGUGGGCCUAGCAACAAAUUUGUACCACCCGUAUUGAAUAGGGAUGCUGACACAGAUAAUGGGGGUGUACUGGUGCGUAAAGCUGGCCCUAACAAGGACCCUCAAAAUGACAAUGAACCUGUUGAUGAGAGACUUAAGAACAUUGACCCUAAGAUGAUAGAGCUUAUUCAGAAUGAGAUUAUGGACCAUGGGCCUCCAAUAAGUUGGGAUGACAUAGCAGGACUACAAUAUGCUAAAGAUACUAUUAAAGAAAUUGUUGUGUGGCCAAUGUUAAGACCAGACAUAUUUACUGGAUUAAGAGGUCCACCCAAAGGUUUGCUGUUGUUUGGACCACCGGGUACUGGGAAAACACUAAUUGGUAAAUGUGUGGCAAGCCAGUCCAAGUCAACAUUCUUCAGUAUAAGUGCCUCAUCUCUCACAUCGAAAUGGGUUGGAGAGGGAGAAAAGAUGGUACGUGCCAUGUUUGCUGUUGCAAGGUGCCAUCAACCAGCUGUAAUAUUCAUUGAUGAGAUUGAUUCACUGUUAAGCCAGAGAUCAGAUGGUGAACACGAAGCUUCUAGGAGAAUCAAAACUGAGUUUCUUGUACAGCUUGAUGGGGCAGCCACAGGCUCUGAGGACAGGAUACUUGUCAUCGGAGCAACAAACAGGCCAAGAGAAAUAGAUGAGGCUGCGAGGCGAAGAUUUGUUAAACGUCUCUAUAUCCCCCUACCUGAAGUUGAGGCCAGGAAACAAAUUGUGGUUAACUUGCUGUCCAAGCAAGGUGCAUAUGAACUCCUAGAUGACCAACUAGACGUUAUAUGUACAAAAUCCGCAGGGUAUUCCGGGGCAGACAUGGCUAACUUGUGCCGAGAGGCAGCUCUGGGCCCAAUACGUAGCAUCUCAAUGGAGAACAUAGAACACAUUACGACAGACCAGGUCCGGCCCAUAUCAUACAAAGACUUCCAAGAUGCCUUGAAUCAUGUGAAAGCCAGUGUGUCUCAGCAAGAUUUGGACUCUUAUAUAGAUUGGAACAACCUGUAUGGGAGUGGGGGGAAAUAGUACGCAAGAGGAGGAAAUAGUUUGUUCGUCAUACAUACAUAAAUACAUUGUGGAAAUGAGGACUAAUUGUUUGGAGCAAGUUUAUAUUCGUGGGUAUGUCCCCUGUAUGUCCAAAUAAUCUCGACCAAUUAUUAUCACGCGGUACUAACUUCG